AUGCCUGGACGAAAAAUUCGUGUGACUUCAUAUUCAUCUUUAUUUAUUAUUGGUACUUCACUCACAAAUCCAGCAACAAAAACUAUGAAAGUGUCAGGAACAACAAGCACAAAACGACAUCAUCAUCAUCAUCAUCAUCAUCAGCAUCAGCAUCAGCAUCAGCAUUCAUCAAAAACGAACAAAACAGCAGCUGCAAGAGCAGCAGCAAUGGUUAAUCAUGAAACUGAGAAUCUGUCACCGAUCUUCUCAAGCAAAUCAAAAUCGAGUGAUAGCACUGAUAAUGGUGGAAUCAGUGGUGGAAGAAUUUCGCAUGAAACUAUUGAACACGAUGUUAACAAUUUAUCUAAUAUGAAUAAUCUACCAGCAGCAAAUGCAUUUGAAGCAUUACAAGUCAGUAGUGAUAGAUUACGAACAAUAAUUGCUGCUCUUCAUUGCAAUAUACUUAUAAGAAAAGCUGAUUUAGUGCGUAAUUUAGAUUACGCUGCUAACGUUCUUGAUGCUGCUCAUCAAGAUGAAACUCGACGACUUAUGGAAGAAGACGAUGGUGCAUUAUCAGAAAUGGAACCAGAUUCUGUACCAAAUGAAGUACGAGAUUGGUUAACAAUGACAUUUACACGAUCAAUGUCAACAUUAAAACGACGGCCAUCAGAUAAACCAAAAUUUAAAAGUGUUGCACAAGCAAUUCGUGCAGGAAUCAUGGUUGAUAGGUACCUGAGGCGCCUGUCUAUCGACAUUAAAUUUAAGACAAUCAAUGAAUGGACAUUUGAUGUUUUUUCUGUUAAUGAAUUUACAAAUGGUCAAUGUUUACGUUAUAUUGGAUUUGAACUUAUGCAACGUUAUAAUUUACCAAAUAAACUUCAUAUUUCUUUAACUGCUCUACAAAAUUUUCUGGAACAAAUGGAAAGUGGUUAUAGUAAAUAUCGAAAUCCAUAUCAUAAUUUAAUUCAUGCAGCUGAUGUUUUACAAACAACAUAUCAAAUCAUUUAUAAUUCUGGUCUCAUGGUAGAGAAUUGGUUAAGUGAUCAUGAAUUAUUCGCAAUGUUUAUUGCGGCUAUCGUACAUGAUUUUGAACAUACAGGAACAUCAAAUAAUUUUCAUAUUCAAUCAAGGUCUGAUGUCGCCUUAAUAUACAAUGAUCGAGCUGUACUUGAAAAUCAUCAUGUAAGUGCAGCAUUCCGAUUAAUGCGACAAGAUGAAUACAAUAUAAUAUCAGAAUUUACAUCGGAGGAAUAUAAGAAUUUUCGACACAUUGUUAUUGAAAUGGUGCUCGCAACAGAUAUGAGUUGUCAUUUUACACAAUUAAAAACCAUGAGAAGUCUUUUAAGUAUGCCAGAAAAUAUUGAAAAAGCUAAAGCAUUAGCACUUAUACUUCAUUGUGCUGAUAUAAGUCAUCCUGGUAAACCAUGGGAUAUUCAUCAUACGUGGACACAAUCUUUAAUGGAAGAAUUUUUUAAACAAGGUGAAAAAGAAAAAGACCUUGGUUUACCUUGUUCACCAUUAUGUGAUCGAGAUAAUACACUUGUUGCUGAAUCUCAAAUUGGUUUUAUUCAAUAUAUUGUUGAACCAUCAUUUAUUGUUGUCGGUGAUAUGUUAGAAAAGGUUCUUAAAUCGCUUGUUGCUGCUGAUUCUGAACUUUUAUCACCAUCGAUACCAAAUAGAAGUUUGACUUCAUCACCAGCACCAUCAGCUGAAUCAUCAAUUGAAUCAAGUUUUCAACAUGAUGAACAAAAUGGACAUGAAAGAAAAUUACCGUCAUCCAUGACAACACCAAUACCUCGAUCAACUAUUGUGCGAAGACCAUGGAUUGAUUAUCUUAAGUCAAAUCGAGAGCGAUGGGUACAAGAAGCAGAAGAAGAAAGACGUCGAAAACAAUUAAAUGUUAUUGAAGAAGAACCAUAA